CAUAACGCCGGCGUAGUGCGGCGCUUCCCCCUCGUUUUGAGUUUGACUUUAAAUUAUUUCCACAGGUCCGCUGCCGAUGUUUUACCCGGACUCGCUACCCGUUUCUUGUCGGCUAGCGUAUUUGCUGGCGUAGAUUAAGUAAGGUAUGCUGUAGCACCCCAGCCAGCCUGUGAAAUCAAACACGAGUUGUCUGCUACAGUCUCUUUUUUUUUUUUAAACAGGCAAACUUUUGUCUCUGUUUAAAACAAUACUCCUUUUCCAGAAGCCGUCAUGUUUUAUAAUAGUUCACAGAAGAAGUACUGGAUAUUCGGCAGCGAGGAAAGCGUGGAGCAGUUCAGAUGUAACGCCAAUCAGAAAUUCCGUAACAACACGCUUGCAAGUGGAAAGCCUGGGGUUGGUGAAUCCCUGUUCUUGGAGCGUCACGAGGAAGAGGUCCUUUUCAGACACUAUGAAAAGAGGUUGUUGGACUUCUGCAAUGCCUUCAAGCCCGUGAUGCCUAAGGCUGUCGUGGGCACAGCCAUCAUGUAUUUCAGAAGAUUCUACCUAAACAACUCUCUUAUGGAUUACCACCCAAGGAUUAUCAUGCUGACUUGCGCUUACCUGUCCUGUAAGGUGGAUGAGUUCAAUGUAUCCAGCAGUCAGUUUGUGGGUAACCUGCAGGAGACUCCAGCAGGGCAAGAGAAGGUUCUGGAGCAGAUCUUGGAGUAUGAGCUCCUUCUCAUUCAGCAGCUCAACUUCCACCUAGUGGUCCACAACCCCUACAGACCCAUGGAGGGCCUGCUCAUUGAUCUCAAGACAAGGUAUCCACUGCUGGAGAACCCAGAGUCACUGAGGAAGAGUGCUGAUGACUUUAUUACACGUGCAGCCAUGACAGAUGCAGGACUGCUGUUUCCACCAUCUCAGAUUGCUCUUACAGCAAUUCUUAACAGUGCAUCACGGGCUGGCCUCAACAUGGAAAGUUACCUGACAGAAUGCAUGGGACUCAAAGACAACAAAGAGACCCUUGCAAAGAUGUAUGAUUCAAUGAGACGUAUCAAAAGCCUCAUAAAAAAGCAUGAACUUCCCAACCCAGAGGAGGUGAAUGUUUACAAACCUAAGUUGGAGAAGAUUCAUGCUGAAUAUACCACAAACAACAAAAGAAAAAGGGGCUAUGAAGAUGAUGGUCAUGUGGCAAAAGAACCCCGUGUAGCAGAAGAGGAGUGGACUGAUGAAGACUUGAUAUGAGUGUUGACUGAUAUAUGGUUUGGUAACCAAACACAGUUUUGCUAUUUCACUGCAUGCCAUGCAGAGGACUAUGGCUUUAUAAAUAAAAACAAAUCCAAUACAUCAAAGACCAAUGUAUAUAGAUAUUCACAUAGUAUAGGAAUUAUGACCUGUGUUCCUAUUUUCUGUCUGGAAAAGAAUAAAGAUUUUUUUUACAUCUUU